UCGUCUGCAGUGCACCAAAAGUCCAAAAGACCAAAACUGCUGUUUUUGAUUUGACGUCACUCAUAGCACAGAAUGUUGAGUCUGCCAUUAGAAUAUUGUUGCAAAAUUUCAAUCAUAGUUGUUUGAUUGUAGUUAGCAUUUGACAAAAGAGUUCGUUCACGAAAAAGUUAGCUUUUGUUUCUCUAUUGCCUACCAUGUGCUGCAGCCCUUCUGACCAGAGCACAUUGCUGUCACAAGAAGUGAGGCAUGAUUUUUUCGCCUGCAUAGGAUUUUCAAUCUCUCCCUGCUUUAAAAAUUCCAAUGCAACAGCAGCAAGUACAGUGUGACCGUUGAAGCUACCUCCACUUCAUAAAGAAUUCAAUGACAUAGAACAAGUACUUAAUGAAGUGACAUAUCAAACAUUAAGUGCAGUGCUAUCAACAUCUACAGUCUACAUGAACUCAAAUGUUUGUCUAAAAUAAGAAGAAUUCCAAUCUUCAGAAUUCAUGGGAAUUGGUAUGGAUUACAGUUCCACAUCAGGAAACAAAACAUUAAUGGCGAAGAACAGGAAAAAGUGUCAUCCAGGAAGAAAUCGGCUGUGGUGACCAAAUUCUUCCCAUAUGUGUCACUACUCGAGCCCCCGCCAAAUGAACUGUUGCUACAGCUUUUGCCAAGACGGAACUUGAAAAGCCACUUUAUCACAAGCUAUUCUGCUUGAGGCAACAGCAAUUGCUUUAUGGAACUCCACGAACAAGUUGCUGGUGAGAAAUUUAAAACGAUCGCCAAAUCGAAAGUCGUGGAUACAAGCCGUCAAUCAAAACCUCUUGUCUACCGACCCGGAUCUUCGCGUCCUCUUGAUCCUGGUUGCUUGCAUCCGCCCAGUUGUUUUCUCCACUCUUCUUCCCAAUGCGAGAGGGUUGGGAUUGUAGUUACCAAAACGUUCUACAAGCUGAUUUUCUAAGAGCGACCUGGACGUAUAAAAGCAACCUGUUGAGACCAUGAUAAGCACAGUUGCGAAUCAUUCUCUUCUCCGACUAGUAGUAAAAACACUUUAACACGAUGAUUGUAAAUACCUUCAAAUGUAUUGUGCUGUUGGGUCUGAUGCUAAAUCAACAUGGAACUGAAGCACAACGUGGCGGUUACUCAGCUCCCCCUCAAGCAUCACCAUCUUCCGGCUCAAUUUAUGGUGGUGGGAAUACUGGAACUCAUUCAGGAGCUGGGUCAUCUUACCAGCAACAUUCGCAAUCUGCUUCGCCCUACCAGCAACAAGCCCUAGUUGCUCCUCCAACCUAUCAACAACCUGCUCCGUCUCACCAGCAGCAGUCCCAUUCGGCUCUUUCUUAUCAGCAACAAGCUCCAGCAACUUCAUCGUACCAGCAGCAAGCACCAGCGGCUCCAUCGUACCAACAAUCUGCUCCAUCGGCCUCAUCUCACCAACAGCAACAUCAUGCUCCAGCGGCUCAGUCAUAUCCACAACAAGCUUCUUCAUCACCAUCAUACCGGCCACAGGCUCCUGCAGCUCCAGCCCCGUCUUAUCAACAGCAGACUCCAGCCGCUCCGUCGUACCAACAACCUGCUCCGGCAGCCCCGACCUACCAACAGCCGGCCCAAGCGGCUCAAUCCUACCAGCAACAGCAAGUGCCCGUUGCUCCUCCAGUCUACCAGCAGCAACAGGCCCCAUCGGUCCCAUCUUAUCAGCAACAAUCGGCUCCAGCGGCUCCAUCUUAUCAACAGCAGGCUCCAGUUGCCUCUUCCUACGGCGGGGCUUCUCCUCAGGCCGGAGGAGCUUACUAGAAAAAUGUAGAAUAUUUUACAUUUCCAGUUGAACUUUAGAGCUUUAUCCUCUUUAUGCAUCAUUAUAUAGAGACACAGGUUUAUCGUGUAUGUUCGCGUAGUUGCUGUCCGCUGUGGUACGUUGUUGCAGCCUAUGCUGGUGAUAGAUCUUUCUAUCGAAUUCAAUUGGCCGUUCCUUGGUGCUGUGUCGUGUUACCGAAGUUGCAUUAUUAUUUUAUUAAUUUGGCAUUGUGUCAAUGUAGUUUACCGUUCAUGUGUUAAGAAGGAACAAAAAAGAAAUAUGGGGAUAUGUCAAACAAGUAAUAAACAUGUUUUCGGGAUUGGGAAAGGAAAGUGGAGGAUGUUGGAGUGGGGGAUAUUUCCAGUUUGUAUAAAAAAUCAAUUAUUUUAUAACCCAACAAACAUAUCCUUACCAAUUAAUCUCCAAACCCCACAAACAUACACCUACCAACCCUCAAAUUUAUACCCAAACCAAAUAAAUCAAUGUUAAACUUGAACGAUGUAAUAUCAAUAAUAAAUAAAAAUAAAUAUAUUAUUUGAACUAA